AUGGCGUACGACCUGCUAGACAAAGCGGCUGGCAGUACGCCCGGCGAACUCGAUGCGAGCCACUUGUACGGCCUGCUCGACCGACUCAGUGCAGCCAUGUUCACGCGCCUGUACGCCUCGCCUGCGAGCUGCCUGUCCAUCUUUCGGCUCCUCCCCGUCACUUCGCGGCACAUCGUGCUGAACAUGCUCUGGUACGAAGAGGUCGUGCGAGUGCGGGACGUGGCGCUCUGGGUCCGGGAGCGGAAGAGUGAGGGUGGAGACAAGGGCGAGCGGAGACAUCUGUCCUCCUCGCUUUCGGCGCUCGCGCGACUACACAUCAUCACGCCUCGAAGCUCCCGACCUUCCGACACCUCGAAAGAGGAGACGGAGCUGGAGAUGAACCCGGGUUUCCGGGACAGCUUUCGCAUGGCGCUAACAGGAGGCGGCAAGCAAGGCUCGUUUGGCGCACCGGCUCUCGAGCAGGACGAGGAGGUCACGGCGCAGUUCUUGGAUGAACACGCCGAGGUGCAGUGGGAGACAAUCCAGCACUUCAUGGUCGCAUCGGACGCAGGCGCAAAGAAGCCAGGCGAGAAGGUUCUGAGUCUGCUCGAGCGGAGUGGCUUGAUGUACUCGCCGACCCGCUCGCUCCGCAACAUGCGCAUCACGUCGAAGGGCUUCCAGUUUCUGCUUGAAGACGUCAAUACGCAACUGUGGGACUUGCUGCUGGUGUACUUGGAGGAGUCGCAGGACCUUGUCGAAACCAUCGGCUUUCUCUUCAUGCUGGGAUCGCUCGAGCUGGGUCGGGCCUACAUGACCGACAACCUCUCGCAGAUCCAGCACGGCGUCUUGCGAGAUCUGGCAGACUACGGACUCGUCUACUUGCCAGACCGCAACGCACCCAUCUUCUACCCGACCCGCCUCGCCACCACUCUCACCUCCUCCGCUCCUCCACUCGUCUCCUCGCGCCACUCGAACGAAGAAAAGGGCUUCAUCGUCCUCGAGACCAACUACAAGCUCUACGCGUACACCUCGAAUCCGCUUCAGAUCGCCGUCCUUGGGCUGUUUGCGCACCUCAAGACCCGCUUUGCCAACUUUGUGACGGGUCACAUCACGCGGGAGAGUAUCCGCCGAGGACUGGCGAACGGGAUCACGGCGAAUCAGAUCAUCUCGUACCUCGCCUCUCGCGCACACCCUCAAAUGCGCGCCCAAGCAGGUUCGGACGACAAACUCCUCCCCAUCACCGUCGUCGACCAGAUCCGUCUAUGGGAGCACGAGCGGCGGCGGAUCCAGACGACCGAAGGCUACCUCUACGAAGAGUUCUCGUCGACGCACGACUAUGAACUGGUCGUCAACUAUGCGAGGGAGAUCGGUGCGGUGUUGUUGGAGUUGCCGAAGGCGAGAAAGGUGUUCGUGACGGCGGACGGGCAUCAACAGGUUCGCGAGUUCAUCAAGCGACGAAUGGCGGCGGCGCAGGCGGAAGCGCAGGCGAUGGAGGGGCAGGAGCCGGCGUAG